GCCGGGGCCGCCCGCACGGAGAAGCCUCAGGACAGUCUAUUCACACACGCUGCCCGGAUUCGCUUUGCAAGAGGCGGCCCUGACUGGGAGCUGGCGCGCAUCUGGCCGCCGCUCCGGCGGAUUUUCUAAUUAAAACUUGUCAUACCUGUAGUGUUGCUCCCGGAGGAACCUUAAUCGCCCUCACCGUGGCUUUUUUUUUUUAUUAUUUAUUUUGCCUUCUCCUGCUUGAAACUCCUGAAAAUGCUGUUUCACGCCAGCCAGUCUGGGGCGAGACGCUGAGCGCCGCAGUUGAAAGGAGAAGCGAAGCCAGGCAGUGCCAAGCAUGGGCUUUGAAUCCUUCUCGUCACACAGUUAUGAAAUAUAAGUGGUUAAACUUUGAUCCUGCGUAUCAGGAAAGCUGAUCUGAGCUUCCCUGGCUUUCCCCGAGCCUCUGCCUGCUGCUGCUGGAAGGGUACAAAUGCACAGUGUAGGGCCCCAGCCCAAUUCCUUCUCUUUUUCGGCUUAGAAAGUAUUAAUCCAUGCAACAUCCUCAUAUAAAGGAAGAGAAAUCUGUAAGUCUACCUUCUGGGGAUGCGACGGAUGCUUCUCGUUCCCUCCCACCCCCCAAAGCCAGCUAAUUGCGUGCUGCAUCUCGCCGUGCUUCGGAGAGCCCCGUUAAUGCAGCGGUGAAGGAACAGCUCGCGUGUGGACGGCUGUGGCAGCUCCUCCAGAAAAAAAAAACAAACCCGAGAAGGUGGCAGAGCUCUGGUCUUGAACGGUACUUGAAGCUCUUUCAGGCCCAGCACUGUUGAGGAACCUGAAGGCUGAGGUUGAAGUGGAAAUACAUCUGAAAGCGAGGUAGAAACUAAGACUGGAGCAAACAUAUUCCCUAAGGGAAGAUGUCCUCGGUCUCAGUCGCACAACAGGCAGCAUUCAGAAGAUUGUCCGGCUCCUACAGACGGGCUAAGUUCCUUAUUCAGACGAUGGAGCACGUAAAUGAACAGCUCCAUGUACAGCAGCUGUUGGUGCAGAUCCUUCUGCAAUAGUUGUCACUUGAUCUAUCCACAGCCUGGAAGCAACGUUGCAGAAGUAAAGCAGCAAUUGCUCUCAAGGACAUCGUUGCAAAGGCAAAGGAAAUCCGUGCACUCCUGCCUCUUGCAGUCUCUGAAAGUUUUUUUCGAGGGAAGCGAAUCCUUUCCCUCUGCAGGGCUGGGCUGGCUACUUCUGAGGUCCACAACUUGGAAAUGUCAGCGGUGGUUAUUUGUUAUUAGUCAUUCUUAAAAGGCCUUCAGAGGAAAGCGCAUGCCUUUGGGCAGGGAAAAAUGGUUGAAGGGACAGUCAUACACCCGGAGAACAGGAAAAUGUCAAGUUCGAAUAAAGGGAAGGAGAAAUAAUACUGAUUUUUAAGAUAAGAUCAUUUCCAAGUGGUUGGUAUAUAUUUCUGUAGGUAAUGAACAAAGGUUGCAUCUUAGGUUUGGGCUGAAUGUUUGCAGCCUUUCACUGACUUGAAAAAGAAGUCUGCCUUUGACUUAUUUUGUGAAUAUUCUGAUGUCUGAAAUUUGUAUCCUACUCCAGGAAAUUUUUACAAAUAUUUUUCAAGGGAAGGGGAAUUUGAUCCUCACUCUGAAGUGGCAUAUCAACACAAUUAAGAUGUCGAUGGAUAUCACUUUCCUCGGAACGGGCUCAGCAUAUCCCUCUCCAACAAGAGGGGCAUCAGCGUUAGUGCUUCGCAGAGAAGGAGAGUGCUGGCUCUUUGACUGCGGGGAGGGAACUCAAACACAAGUGAUGAAAAGCCAUCUAAAAGCAGGCAGAAUAACCAAGAUUUUCAUAACUCAUCUUCACGGUGACCAUUUUUUUGGGCUUCCCGGCCUGCUGUGUACGCUUAGCCUCCAAAGUAGCCCUGACCCAAACAAACCAGCCGUCGAUAUUUACGGACCGAUCGGACUGAGAAACUUCAUCUGGAGGACCAUGGAGCUCUCCCACUCCCAACUUCUCUUUCCCUACGUUGUCCAUGAGCUUGUCCCUACGCGGGACCAGUGCCCUGCAGAAGAAUUUAAAGAAUUUUCUGAUUUGGCCAGAGACGAGGUAUCUCCCCAGGAAGCCCAGGGGAGAAUUCUCCACCUGGAUCCCGUGGAAAACUCUUACUUGCUGUUUGACAACGAGCAGCUGGUUGUGAAAGCAUUUCGCCUGUUUCACCGCAUUCCUUCCUUUGGCUUCGUAGUGGAAGAGAAGCCCCGGACUGGUAAACUCAACGUACAAAAACUGAAAGACCUUGGAGUUCAGCCAGGUCCUUUGUACGGGAGACUGAAGAAUGGAAUGGCCGUCGUUCUAGAAAACGGGAGAACGAUUUCUCCUUCAGAUGUCUUAGAAGACCCUAUUCCUGGCAGAAAAAUUUGUAUUUUGGGGGAUUGUUCGGGGGUGGUUGGAGACGCAGCCGCGAGGCUUUGCCGCGAAGCAGAUUUGCUGAUUCACGAAGCCACGCUGGACGAUACCCAAGAGGAGAAGGCCAGAGAGCAUGGCCAUAGCACUCCAAAAGUGGCAUCUGAUUUUGCCAGGCUGUGUAAAGUUAAGAAGCUGGUUUUGACUCACUUCAGCCAGCGGUACAAACCACCUGCGCAGGUAGGUGAGGGAGACACCGAUGUCACUGAACUGAAGCGACAGGCAGAAGCAGUGUUAGGUGGUCAAGAAGUAGCGUUAGCCGAGGAUUUUAUGACAAUAGAAAUCCCAAUGAAAAAGUAAAAACAGCGGUAUUAGGGAAUUCUGUAGGAAGAUACAAAGUAGGAGGGCGCUGGAAGGCACUUAAAAAUAACGGUAGGGUUUGUCGUAUCCAAAUCAAUUCACUUCUGUGGCACGCAGGGAAUAGUUGCAAACGGGAGAGGGUAUCAGGUAUAGUGAUCGUUUGUAAAGCAAGAAAAAAGGAUCCUCAAACAUCUGGAAUUGGGAAGAAGUGUGUAGGUGGCUGCUGCAGGCACCUCGCCUCUCCAGGGCAGGCGCAAGCCCGGGGGUUUUGCUUAGACUACAGGUUCCUAGAGGAAAGCACCGUCUUUAAACAACCCUCUGGAAGGUUCUGCGCCAGAAUUCAAAGUAUUUUCUCUGUUAGAAGCCUUUGAAUAACAUCUGUUUCAAACUUCCAUGCAGCAUUUUGUACCUAUUUAUCUGAUUUCUACGCAGGAGGACUGUCGCUCUGAACCCAAUAAAGAAUUUCUAGCUCUGCCAA